UGGGGUGGGAGGGGUCCAGGGUGGUCUGCAUGAACCGGAGGGCUCUGAGUUGCCAGGACAAGCUCCUGCCUUCAGGCAGGCCAAUGUCUGACCACUCAGGGCUGUGAACACUCUCCCCAACCUCACCCCAGCUGGGCCUUCCUCCCACUUCAGGGUUUCUCUGAGCCUCCACUCACCCUGAUGAGCCCUGCAUCCUCCUCUGCCAGGGGCAAUGCAGAUUCCAACGGAGGCCGAGCUUAGAGACCUCACACGCAGGCCACUCGGUAUGCGGGGGAGGCGGGGAGGGAGGGAGGGCAGGCUGCAGGGUUCCACUUUGCCUGCAAAUAGGAACACAGCGUUUCUCAGUGGCUGCGAGGAUGCUGAGGAAAACCCCAGGAUACUGAGUCAUCGCGGUGGCCGGCUGAUAGCAAGCACUAAUCCUUGAACACUCUCGUGCGGGGGUAGGAUGACGGUAGAAACGUCUCUCAGACCCACGGCGCAAGCAGCCCAUGGAAUUUCAUAACCUGAGCUCUCCCUCUUCCCUUCCUUCCCUCUCUCCCUCCUCACUCCCUCCCUCCUCCUCGCCCUCUGCCUUCACCACUGCCUUGGGGUCACCUGGAGAGGCCCCGGCUCCCUGCCACCCGGCCUCCUCCCUGAUGGUGUCUGCCUUCCUGGCGCCAGUCCUGAGCGUGGAAUUUGUCCUGGGCCUGGUGGGGAACAGCCUGGCCUUCUUCCUCUGCUGCUUCCACGCGCGGCCCUGGACAUCCAACACUGUGUUCCUGGUCAGCCUGGUGGUGGCCGACUUUCUCCUGAUCGUCAACCGGCCUCUUCGCGUGGACUACUACUUCCUCCACGAGACCUGGCGCUUCGGGGCCACUGCCUGCAAAGUCAACCUCUUCAUGGUCGCCACCAACCGCUCAGCGAGCACGGUCUCCCUCGCGGCCGUCUCACUCGACUGCUACCUGAAGGUGGUGCAGCCUCAGCACGUGCUGAGCAGGGCCUCCGUGUGGGCAGCCGCCCGGGGGGCCGGGUGACUGUGGGGGGGCAUCCUGCUCCUCAACGGGCACCUGUUCCCGACCACCGAUUCCAGCCGCUCCUGCCUCAGUUACCAGCUGGGCACGAGCCCCUCGGCCUCACUGCCCUGGCACCAGGCCCUGUUCGUGCUGGAAUUCUUCCUGCCGCUGGCGCUCAUCCUCUUUGCCAUCACGAACAUCAUGCUCACCACCUGGCGCCGAGGCCCGGACGUGCAGGCAGGCCCGCGGAGGGCCGUACGCAUGCUGGCCGCGGUCGUGGCCAUCUACGCAGUCUGCAUCUUGUGCAGUAUCAUCUUCGGCAAAGCUUCCAUCGUGGCCUUCCGCCUGCACGCCUGCUGCACCCUGGACAUCUGCUCGCAGCUCUCCCAUGGCUCCCUGGCCUUCACCUACCUCAACAGUGCCCUGGACCCCAUGCUCUACUGCUUUUCCAACCCCAACUUCCUCUGCCAGGGCCGGGCCCUGCUGGGCCUCACCCAGGGCUGGCAGGCCUCCACCAGCGACGAGAGCACCUACCAGCCCUCUGCCUGGCGCCAUGUGCCCUCUGGGAAGGUGGUGGCCGCAGAGAGGCUAUAGGCAGAGGUGUCGCUGGAGAUCUCGGAGGAGGGCUGACCAGGAAGGCCCUCUCAGGACGGGGGCCCUGCUGCGGUACCACAGGAGGGAAGACUGCCAGGCUCUGGGCUGGAGGGACAGGGUCACUCCCUGGACUGUUGCCAGCACAGGGUCCCUCAACCAACCGGACAAGGGACAUCUGCAGGAGCCAGGUGGGUGGCAGGGAGAGAAAAGCGUCUUGGCUUGGAGUCGUGUGUCCCAGAUGAUGUCCCCAAAGCACAGAGCAUGAUGGCAGGUGGAGACAGGCAGGGGCUCCGGGACUCCAGCUCAGGCAGAGGGCCACGCAGCUGCCCUGGCCCGGGCCGGAGCUGGAGGACUGUGAGAGCAGAAGUCUUGCUUUAGAAAUUAGACAGCUGCAUUUUCUGUCAUCUCCAGUUUGUCUUUUUCAAUACUAACAAACUUCCUUUUGAAAAUGCAAGGCUGCCUCAGCCAUUCUAAGGAAAACCAGUAAGUUACCUUUGGGUCCAUCUGGCUCUGGCAUCAGGAGGGUUCAAAGCGAGCUCCCCGAGAUGAAGGGACACUCUGGGGACAGAAGCAAGAACAGAAGCUUCCACGUUGAUCCUGGAGCCCUGGUGUGCCCUUAAAGUCAGAACGCUUCCCUGGGAGAGGUCCUCAGGCUCACGGGAUGGGCUGCCCACCUGGACCCCUGGGAGGCCCCUGACUUACUCUCCUGCGGGACCACGUGAGGAUCUUCAGCCUGGGAAGUUACCACCUCCAUCCAGUUCAGGCUCCUGGCGCGGCUUGGACCCCGUCCCCUGGCUUUCCUCAGCCCCAAGUACCCUUCUCUGGCCCUGGAACCCGUGGUGGCUGCUACCCCACCAGGAUAGGAUGCUGGAUGGGGGCAGAGGUCUCCAGGUCACCAGAGCAAGCUCACCGCCCUCCCCCAGGCCCAAAGCCAUCUUGCCCAUCUCUCCCCCUUCUUUUCUGUUCAAUACGCCUUUGUCAGUGUCUGAGACCACCUGGGCUAACACAUCUGUUGACCUGGGGCCCCCAGGCACAAGGCGUGCACUGGGCAUGAAUCAGGGGUUUCUUUGGCGGGGAGAGUGGUUGGCCGUGUUGUCCACAGCCGAAGUCAUUGGGGGUGCGUGGCCUUCAAGGCUUCCGAAGCGCUACACAGAAGCCACUAAAGCCCCAAAUAUGCACCUCCUGAACGCCAUGUGUCCCCAGCCCUAGCCGCCUCAGGAGAAUGAACAUCUGCCCCCAGCAGACAUACGUCCUCCCUGCUGCAGGGGACAGAAGGGCCUGGGACUGGUUCCCUACUCAUCACCCCAGCCACAGGCCUCUAGGCCUCAGAUGCAGGGUCUGAUGAUGGGGGCCAAAGCCCCUCCCCCCAACUGUUUUAAUCCUCUUAGUCCAACCCUCUGAUAUUGUGGACAGGGAUGCCCUCCCUCUGUUUAAAGUCCUCAGGAGUGGUGGCCAAGGCCCAGGAGGGUCACCCACAUCCCGGGAGGGAGGCAGAUGGGUGCCGUGUGGAUGCUGAGGUGGGAGACAGAACAUGUCAGGCAGAGGGAGGUGGCCUGGGGGACAGGUUGGAUGGGUAUUAAAACCUGGUGUGUCUCCGGCCAUCUUCCCUUUUCUGAAAACUCACCAGCCGCUGUCAGAAACCCACAGAAAUACGGAGAACCCAAACCAAGUGAUGGAAAUGGGUGUGCCGGCCAGGCCCCUCCAAGGGGGCUCCCCGGGUGUCUCUGCCCCACAUGGCCCCCUGCUCCAGUCCUCCACUCCGCUGCCGCCUUUUUCUCGCUGGUAGAGCCACUCCUAGGAACUCCCCGCCUCGCCACCCCCUGCUGCCACAGAGGGGGGCGGGCCAAUCCUGUGCCAGCUGGACCUGAGAUCUGUCAUUUCUAAGUCAGACAUUCUCAUGAGAGGUCCAAGCGCUCCUGGAGGCGGGGCGCUGAGCCCUUUCUCGCGGAGCACCCCCUUCAAGGGGCACUAACGUGUGUGCUGAAUGAACACCAGGCACCUUCCCUCUGAUACCAUCUCUCCCCACGUUUGUACCUGCCUGGCUUCCGAGCAGCUCUAGGGGCAAAUGGGGCUCCAUGUGCCAUUUCCUUGGUCCUCCCUUCCCUGGGCCCUUCCCCUCAACACCGCCACCCCUGCCCUCUCAGGAGCCGGGCUCACUCUCCUGACCUGACGUCAGGGAAAUGACCAGAUGGUCCCCGUGGCCUAUGUGCACUGCUGUCUCUCCCCCUCGAGAAGUCCCAGGUAGAGGCUGGUCACAGGCUUUGGGCCCACACUCCUAACCCUCCCCGGGAUCCUUCUUGCCCCUCAGCUCUCCCCACUGACAAGGCACUCUCUAAAGGGGGUCUGGGUGUCCCCUCAUGGGAGAUAAGCGGGGCUUCAGGCUGCCUCCACACUCUCCUUGCAUGGAAGGACCCCCUGGUCCUAACCUUGGUCCCAACCCACUGUACCCCUCCCAGGACUUGCUCUCCAUGUGUGAAAUGGGAACAGUAACCUUGGCCCUUGCUCAACUCCAGGGGUUAGAGAUGGAAAUAACUGAUAUGCCAGAGCACUGAGUGAGGAAGGUAGUUAUUACGGGGAGGAGGGAGGGGACAAGGGGUGAGCGAGGAUGGGGGAGGGGAGGGGAGAGGGCAAACUGUUGAAGUGCAGCGUUUUCUACUGGUGGGAGGGUACUGGCUGUGGUGAUACAAGGUGAGUGGGAGGCAGUUCAAGGCUGAGCAGAGACCCUAUUCCCUGCAUUUGGCUUCUACAUAGCAUUUUGGUCCCUGGGACGGGCUGCCCUAUUCGGUGAACAUGUUGGGCAGCACCUCUCUCCCCUUCCUAAUGUGACCCGCUGUCCCCUUGAGGGGUGAAAAAACGGCUUCCAUGACUUUAACCCAGGGACUCGUGUGCAGGGGGUAGGCAGGCAUGGCUAGGCUGACAGGCCUGAAGCCACCAAUCAUCCAGCAUUUGCUGGGCAGACCCUAAGCCACAAAGUCAGACGAUAGGUCUCUGACCUUGAGCCCCGUCAGGCCAAGCCUGGGAGAGACAGACCUGCAAACGGAUCAAAUGCAACCCAAGCCAGUGGGAUUGCAAGGUAGUAACGCACCGAUGACAGCACAAGAGCACAGGGGUUGGGGGGGGGGGGGGGGGGGGGGGGGGGGGGUGACAGGGGGCGAUGCAUGUGAGCUGAGUCUUGGAGGAUGAGGAAUGUAGCAAAGGGAACGGCAUUCCUGGCAUAGGGAAGGGCAUGAACAAGGGCACAGAGCUGUGAGAAGACUCGGUGUGCAGGGAAGGGUGAGGAGAUCACGGAGGCAAGGGAGGAGGAGGCCUAGGGACAGAGUUAGGAGACAGGCAGGAAAGACAGGCUGGGCCCUGCAAUCUCAGGAGCCUGGGAGGGUCCUGCAGACAACCCAAUAAGGCAGGAAAGGGAGUGUGUGUGAGGUUUUUAAGAAGCCGAGGAUGAUCUGUCUUGCAUUGUGAUCAGUUACUCUGGGAACAGUGUGGACAGACUGGUGAGGGGUGUGGGAGAUGACCUGAGUAGGACCUGAGUAGGAAACGGUCUGUAUUCCAAGCAAGGGCAGUGGCAGUCUGCAAAGGUACAGACAGAGAGGCACAGCCCACGUCAAGGAGAGAGGCAACUUUGUGGAUGAUGGGUGGACACUGACGCAUUAAAGAAACAGGUGGUAGAGCAGGUUCAUAGGAAAAGAUACAGAGUUAAGACAAGUUGGGGGGGCUUGGAGGACGUGCAGGUAAACACGUGCAGCACCACACUUAGGGCUGGAGACUGGAUUUCAGAAUCUCCCUCUUACUGAUGAGAGCUGACCUUAUGGGGAUGGAUGGGGUCACCUGCGGGAGAAUGAAGAGGACCAA